UGCCUCACUUCCGGUAGUUACCGGGCCCGAUAUCCGGUGUCCGCCCGCCCUCCAUCCCGCUGCCUCCGCGAUGCUGUCCCGGUCCCGCUGCGUGUCCCGGGCGUUCAGCCGCUCGCUUUCUGCCUUCCAGAAGGGGAACUGCCCUCUGGGGAGACGUUCCCUGCCUGGGGUCUCCUUAUGUCAGGGACCAGGUUACCCUGACAGCAGGAAGAUGGUCAUUAACAACAGUAGCGUCUUCAGUAUUCGCUUCUUCCAAACCACGGCUGUGUGUAAGAAUGACGUGAUCACAGUCCAAACCCCAGCGUUUGCAGAGUCCGUCACAGAGGGAGAUGUCAGGUGGGAGAAAGCUGUUGGAGAUGCGGUGGCAGAAGAUGAAGUAGUGUGUGAGAUUGAGACGGACAAGACAUCUGUGCAGGUUCCAUCACCAGCAAAUGGCAUCAUUGAAGCUCUCUUGGUACCUGAUGGGGGCAAAGUUGAAGGAGGGACUCCUCUUUUCACACUCAGGAAAACUGGUGCUGCUCCUGCUAAAGCCAAACCAGCUGAAGCUCCUGCUACAGCCCCAAAAGCGGAGCCUGAAGCAGCAGCAGCCCCUCCUCCCCUUGUAGCCCCUCCUCCCACUCAGAUGCCACCAGCACCCUCACCCUCACAACUUCCUUCUAGCAAACCAGUGUCUACAAUAAAGCCCACUGCUGCCCCUCCACUGGCUGAGCCAGGAGCUGCUAAAGGUCUGCGUUCAGAACAUCGGGAAAAAAUGAACCGGAUGCGGCAGCGCAUUGCUCAGCGUCUGAAGGAAGCCCAGAACACAUGUGCAAUGCUGACCACUUUUAAUGAGGUCGACAUGAGUAACAUCCAAGAGAUGAGAGCUCGGCACAAAGAUGCUUUUCUGAAGAAACAUAACCUCAAACUAGGCUUCAUGUCAGCGUUUGUGAAGGCCUCGGCGUUUGCCUUGCAGGAGCAGCCUGUGGUAAAUGCAGUGAUUGACGAUGCAGCCAAAGAAGUGGUGUAUAGAGACUAUAUCGACAUCAGUGUUGCGGUUGCCACCCCGAGGGGUCUUGUGGUUCCUGUCAUCAGGAAUGUGGAAACUAUGAAUUAUGCAGAUAUUGAACGGACCAUUAAUGAACUAGGAGAGAAGGCCCGGAAAAAUGAACUUGCCAUUGAAGAUAUGGACGGUGGUACUUUCACCAUUAGCAAUGGAGGAGUUUUCGGCUCACUUUUUGGAACACCCAUUAUCAACCCUCCUCAGUCUGCCAUUCUGGGCAUGCAUGGCAUCUUCGACAGGCCUGUGGCGGUGGGAGGCAAGGUGGAAGUGCGGCCUAUGAUGUAUGUUGCCCUGACCUAUGACCACCGGCUGAUCGAUGGCAGAGAGGCUGUGACCUUCCUCCGAAAAAUCAAGGCAGCAGUAGAAGAUCCAAGAGUCCUCCUCCUAGACCUUUAGGAGGAAGCCACACCUCCUACCUACUGAUCAUGCAGGAACUGAAAAGCAGUCUUCUCCUCGUCCCCUCAUCAGUCCCAGUUAGCCUGAUGACAGGCAGGCACGUACUGCUGGCCUCAGGCAAGGAAGCCAGGGCACUAUGUAACCAGCCUUCACAGUGUUCCCUCUGGACUCUUUCUCACUAUGUCCCUCUCUUACCGUCUGAUAUCUUGGCCCAAAGAGAGAGAGAGAGAGCCUUAAUGGAUGCUCAUUAAUUUUCCUUUCUUCCAGCCCUCCGCAAAGACACUUUUGCUUCUCCCUUGUAGCAGUAUACAAUCGGGGUACUACCAGGGACCAUGUGAUUUGCGUUUUUAUCUUUGGAAAGUGUUCUCCAGCGAUGCCCUGGGGGGGAUGCUUUGCCUCCCAGGCUCAAAGCAGCCUCUGUCCCAGCUGUGCACAUCCUCAUUUGAGUCCAGCUAUGUGGAGGUAUUGAACACAGGCAAGGAGGUGCUGCUCUGCUUCUUAAAUGCACCACCAUUCUGAGCUGUCAGUGGAUUCAAGGUGCCUCUCUCUCUACCUCUUCCAGGAAGCACAGGCCAGGGGAUUUGGGGAUGGGCAGAAUUGUGCAGUCUCCUGAGGUUACCUAGCACACUCAGAUGGGAGUUGAACCCUGGCUUGCCCUCAUGGGCUCCAUUGUGUGCUGGCAUGGGAGGAUUCAUCCUGGCAUAAUCACAGCUGUGGUCAUCUAACCCUCUCCAGGCUUCUAGGAAUCAUCUAGGACCUCGUGCUCGUUGAGAGCAGAGCUUAGCACAUCAUGGCACUCGGACAGCCUGGUGAAGGGUCUGCGCUGGCCAGAUUAGGGUGACUAGAGCUUUCAAACUCAAGGUGGUAUGAGCAUGUGAUGGGAAGAGGCCAUUCUCUCAGGAGUUAGUAUAGUGAUGAAAUGGAUGAUGUCAUCUCUGAGGUCACCCUUUGGGUGCAGGUACAAUCAUUGUAAUUUCACGAAGCAUGGUAAAACGCAGGUACGAGGUUACGAAAGUUCCUGGGUCUUGUGUCCUACACCGAGGCCUGAGACUGCUGACAGUCCACACGGGGCCCUUAGUGCUGAUGCCCUUUUUCUUGUAAUCCAGGCAAGCUGGGGGGAGGGGAAGAGGUCAGUAUAGAGUGCCUGCAGCAUCUGCCACUGCAUUUUCACCAUUCAGAACUUGUAACUAAGAUAUUUAAAGAGACUGAUUUUGAAUGAAAAUUAAAGGGCAAAUGUUCUCCAA